CCUCAAUCUGGGACAAGGCUUGGGGAUGUAUUAAAGGCACGGUACCGGGUACGACAAGGGAUACUUAGGGAGCCUCGGUCAAGAUGCCAGAGCCAAAAGCUGAAAACACAGAGACCUCUGAGGACAAAGCAAGCUGCCCAACAAACACAGCAGGAGACGCCCGGCAUGACGGCACAGAAGCCGAUGGCUUGCCAGAAAGUCAUCAUCCGGAUACAAGGCAGGACCUGACUGGACUUUUCAUAGAGAAGCCCGUGAGUGGAGAGGUCACCGUGGGAGAGAACAUCACCUUCAUAUCCAAGGUGAGCACCAUCAACCUGCUGAAAAAGCCCACUGUCCGCUGGUUCAAGGGAAAGUGGAUGGACCUGGCCGGCAAAGCUGGGAAGCACCUACAGCUGAAGGAGACGUACGAUCGCAACACCAAGGUGUACACCUUCGAAAUGCAAAUCAUUGGAGCCAAGCCCAACUAUGCUGGAGCAUAUCGAUGUGAAGUGUCCUCCAGGGACAAGUUUGACAGCUGCAAUUUUGACCUUGUUGUGCAUGAGGCAAGAGCAACUGAAGAGUUUGACAUCCGUGCAGCCUUUAGACGCACUAGCAUAGAUGGAGGUGAAGAAGCUGGGGAGCUGGACUUCAGUGCUUUGCUAAAGAAGAGGGAUAUUGUCCAAGUCAGCACGGAACCUGAUGUGGAUGUAUGGGAAAUCCUCCAGAAGGCCAAGCCCAGUGAGUAUGAGAAGAUCGCCUUCCAGUAUGGCAUCAUGGACCUGCGUGGCAUGCUGAAGAGGCUGAAGAAGAUGAAGAAGGAGGAAAAGAAGAGUGCUGCAUUCCUGAAGAAGCUGGACCCAGCCUACCAGGUCCAGAAAGGUCAAAAAAUUAAACUCUGCGUGGAAGUGGCCAAUCCUGAUGCAGAGGUGAAAUGGCUGAAGAAUGGACAGGAAAUCCAUCCGAGUGGCAGCAAGUACAUUUUUGAGAGCAUUGGUAACAAGCGAUACCUCACCAUCAACAACUGCUCAUUAUCUGAUGAUGCUGCUUAUACUUGCGUGAUUGGAGAUGAAAAGUGCUUCUCUGAACUCUUCGUCCAAGAGCCCCCCGUGCUCAUACUGCGCAGUCUCGAGGACCAGAUGGCCAUGACAGGGCAGCGUGUGGAGUUUGGGUGUGAGGUGUCCGACGAGGGUGCCCAAGUCAAAUGGGAAAAGGACGGCGUUGAGCUAACCAGGGACGAGUCCUUCAAGUACCGUUUCAAGAAGGACGGCAGGAAGCACUUCCUGAUCAUUAAUGAGGUCGGCAAAGAGGAAGGCGGUCACUACACUGUGAAGACGAGUGGUGGGGAGUCCAUGGCUGAGCUCAUGGUGCAGGAGAAGGAGUUGGAGAUAUACCAGAGUAUCGCUGACCUGACGGUGAAGGCCAAAGAGCAGGCAGUGUUCAAGUGUGAGGUCUCAGAUGAGAAUGUGAAGGGCAUCUGGUAUAAGAAUGGCGUGGAGGUGAAGACAGACUCGCGGAUAAAAAUCACACACAUCGGCAGGAUCCACAAACUGACCAUUGAUGACGUGAAGCCAGAAGACGAAGGAGACUACACCUUCAUCCCUGAGGGAUAUGCGUUCAACCUGUCUGCCAAGCUCAACUUUCUUGACGUCAAGAUUGACUUUGUUCCUCGGCAAAAUCCACCAAAAAUCCAUCUGGACUGUAUUGGUCAGUCUGCUGAGUCCACCAUCAUAGUGGUGGCAGGAAAUAAACUGCGACUGGAUGUGCCCAUCACCGGAGAGCCGGCCCCCACUGUGAUCUGGACCAAGUCUGACAAGGUCAUCUCUGACACAGAAGGCAGGGUCCACGUGGAGACCACCAAGGGCAACGGCAUCUUUACCAUCGAGGGGGCUGAGAGGAAGGAUGAGGGUGUUUACACCGUGAUUGUACGCAACCCAGCGGGAGAGGACACCGCCAACAUCAAUGUCAAAGUAGUGGACUUACCUGGCCCACCUGAAAAUGUAAAAAUCACAGAUGUUUGGGGCUUCAAUGUGGCUCUUGAGUGGAAACCACCAAAGGACAACGGGAACUGUGAAAUAACAGGCUACACCGUCCAGAAGGCAGACAAGAAGACCAUGGAGUGGUACACUGUAUACGACCAAUACAGACGCACCAACUCUGUGGUGUCUGACCUCAUCAUGGGCAACGAGUAUGUUUUCCGCAUCUAUGCUAUCAACAUGGUGGGUCUGAGUCCAGAACCCUGCUUCUCCAAGGACAGCGCCUACAUCCAGAAAACAGGAAUUGUGUACAAACCACCCAGCUACAAAGACCCAGACUUCUCGGAAGCGCCGAAAUUUACCCACCCCUUAGUGAACCGCUCAGUCAUUGCGGGCUACAAUGCUACGCUGAGCUGCUCCGUACGGGGGAUUCCCAAGCCCAAAGUGACCUGGUACAAGAACAAGAUGGACAUCUCCAACGAGGCCAAGUACAGGAUGUUCAGCAAGCAGGGUGUCCUCACUCUGGAGAUCCGGAAGCCCUGUCCUUUUGACGGGGGUGUCUACACAUGUAAGGCGGUCAACGACUCUGGGGAGGACAUUGUGGAGUGCAAGCUGGAGGUCCGACCUCAAAUCACCAAAGAAGACACAAAGAAAUGAGGAGAAGAUCCAUUUGGCGGGAGGGGUUGGGGGGGGGGAUCUUGCAUCCUGGAACACCAAAAUGUCACCGUCUAUAGGAGGAAUCUGCUUCGCCAUGAAUGUCUUUCCCUUCCAGUGGUCAUCUCUACACUUUCAGUUAUUUAAAGCGACUAGCAUAUGAAACUUGAGAACACAUUAAUGCAUGUUCAAAUGUGCAAACAGUGGAAUCUGUCAAGAAUGAGCCUUUUGCUUUUUUGACCUUUCUAAGCUCAUCUAGGAUAUGUAUUUCUGUGUAAUUUAUUGAAAUUAAUGAAGUAGCUUUGAAGCUUGAAGACAUGCUGUAAGAAGUUUCUUUUGUCCUCUUGUCAACAGCAGUACAUUGAGCCCAAUAAAGGAUAGAUUAAACUAGUUAUA